AGACACAAGAGAAACCCCAAACCGAGACGAUAUGUUCAUUGUCUCGCAUAUCAAGAAAGAUGGGAACCCUAUGAAUGCAGUGGCUGGAGAAGCUAUGGCGAAGAUGAGAGCAAUUAUCGAUAAUCAAUCACUUGCAAAACGAGUGUGUUCACAAGGGUCGAUUUAUUGGUCCCCUAACGAUGCGUGCACACAAGUACUAGGACGGGAACAUUCCGGUCGUGUACGCGGGGUGGGGCUAGGGCCAACUCUUGGUAAAUCCACGUCUUAUACCUCCGGACAGAGAUCGAUCUCUAGUGCGUCUACUCCCAUGAAACAAGCGAUGGUUGCUGAGAUGAAACGUUUGAAGACUUUGUUUGAAGAGCAAAACAUCAAGUAUGAAGCGCAAUAGGAAGAGCUAGCAGCCGUCAAACGUAUGGUAGCCAUGAUUAUGGUGGGGAAACAACCAUCAAUGGGAAACAACCAAG